GAAGUCUCUCAACCCCGAUGGCUACGAAGCUUCAGAAAUGGCUCAACCUGCCAAAUCGUAUAGAUCUGACAUCACGGAGAUCCGCUCAAUCGACGAUACGUCUCCUCCACGAAGGUCCAGACACCAUGGAGGAGCUCUUCGAUAGACACCUGGCGAAGAAGGAGAAACCGCCGCUGAUCAACGACGACGAGGCGGAGUAUCUGAACAGACGGCGUCUGACGAGCACGCGCCGCGAGGCGCUGAGUUUAUACAGGGAUAUAUUACGCGCGACGCGGUUCUACGUGUGGACGGAUUCGAGGGGAGCCUUGUGGAGAGACGUGCUGAGAGAGAACGCUAGGAAGGAGUUCGAGGCUGCGAGGUUUGAGACGGAUCCGGAGGUUAUCACGAGGUUGUUGAUCGGUGGAAGCGACGCCGUUUCGUCUGCUUUGGAUAAGUUGGCGGAGAAGCAGAAGGAGAUGAUUGAUAAAAGAAACCGAAACGACCAACCAUGAAUUCGAUGUUUUUUUUUUCUUUUUUUAAUUGCCUAAUCAGUUUAAACUGUGUGUUGUUUUGUUAAUUGGUCUUUUUGAUCAGGUGUAUGUCUGAAACAAUUGUCGACAAAAAAAAAGUAUGUCUGAAACAAUUUAUGUUAUAUACAAAAAAACACUUAACAGGCA